AUGCUUCACGAACCUUCGCGACAACAAGCAGGAGGCAGGCCGAGGUCCAGCUUACGAUUGGGAAUGUGGAAAUCUUGGGGAGAGAUGUUGACAAGUGCCACAGCUGGUUCUGCUUUGAUUCAAGCUUGCGAGAAGGCGGGAGCCGUGAUUCCAAGGAAACUUAUGAUUGCGGGAAAUUGUCGUAUGUGUCUGGUGGAAGUCGAGAGAGCCCCGAAGCCUGUCGCAUCAUGUGCGUGGCCAGUACAACCGGGUAUGGUCGUCAAGACCAAUUCGGCCCUCACACACAAAGCUCGAGAAGGAGUGAUGGAGUUUCUGCUGGCCAACCACCCUCUCGACUGUCCCAUUUGCGAUCAAGGAGGAGAGUGUGAUUUACAAGAUCAAUCGAUGAGAUAUGGAGCUGAUAGAGGCCGGUUUCACGAGGUUGGGGGAAAGCGUGCCACGGAGGAUAAGAAUAUUGGACCCUUGAUUAAGACCUCGAUGAACCGAUGUAUCCACUGCACAAGAUGUAUUCGAUUCGCAAACGACGUUGCUGGAGCUCCAGAGCUUGGGUCGACAGGACGAGGAAACGAUAUGCAGAUUGGAACUUACCUUGAGAAGAACUUGGACUCAGAAAUGUCUGGAAAUGUUAUCGAUUUGUGCCCCGUGGGAGCUCUCACCUCAAAACCAUACGCUUUCCGAGCUCGACCUUGGGAGCUGAAGCACACCGAGUCUAUUGAUGUCUUGGACGGACUUGGAUCUAAUAUCAGGGUUGAUUCGAGAGGUCUCGAGGUCAUGCGUAUCCUCCCCAGACUCAAUGACGACGUUAACGAGGAAUGGAUUAACGACAAGACUAGAUUUGCAUGCGAUGGGUUAAAGACACAACGACUUACCACACCUCUCAUUCGAAAGGACGACAAAUUCCUUCCCGCUACCUGGGAACAAGCUCUCACUGAGAUUGCAGCAGCAUACAAGGAUUUUGCACCAAAGGGCAAUGAAUUCAAGGCUAUUGUUGGAGAGCUCCAGGAGACAGAGUCAAUGGUCGCGUUGAAGGAUCUGGUAAACAAACUUGGUUCUGAGAACUUGGCUCUUGACCAGCCUUCUGGUAGCCAGCCAAUUGCUCACGGAAUCGAUGUUCGGUCUAACUACCUAUUCAACUCCAAGAUCUGGGGUGUAGAGGAGGCUGAUGCCAUAUUGAUUAUUGGCAGCAACCCUCGACACGAAGCUGCUGGCUUAAAUGCUCGUAUCCGCAAGCAAUGGAUGCGAUCAGACCUUGAGAUUGGUGUUGUUGGUGAGACCUGGAACUCUACUUUCGAGUUCGAGCAUCUUGGUACCGAUGCUGCUGCUCUUAAGAAGGCUUUUGCCGGUCCAUUUGGCAAGAAGUUGCAGGCAGCAAAGAGACCUAUGAUCAUCGUUGGUUCCGGUGUCACUGAUCACGCAGAUGCUAAGGCUAUCUACGAGAUAGUUGGGCAAUUCGUUGACAAGAAUGCCGCCAACUUCCUGACAGAAGAGUGGAACGGUUACAAUGUCCUUCAACGUUCGGCCUCAAGAGCUGGUGCUUACGAAGUUGGCUUCACGACGCCAUCUACCGCCGUCGCCAACACGAAGCCCAAGUUCGUCUGGCUUCUUGGUGCCGAUGAAUUCGCAGCAGCUGAUAUCCCCAAGGAUGCAUUUGUAGUCUACCAAGGCCACCACGGUGACCGCGGUGCUCAGAUCGCCGAUGUCGUUCUCCCAGGUGCUGCAUACACCGAGAAAGCAGGAACCUAUGUCAACACCGAAGGCCGCGUGCAAAUGACCCGCGCCGCUGUUUCAUUACCUGGUGCUGCACGUACCGACUGGAAGAUCAUCCGAGCCAUCAGCGAGUUCCUAGGCGCACCACUUCCUUACGACGAUGUCGCAGCUCUCCGUGACCGAAUGACGGAGAUCUCGCCUGCGCUGGCGAGCUACGAUGUCGUGGAGUCUGUGUCGUUGAAACAGUUGAGUAAGGUGCAGUUGGUAGACCAGAACAAGGGCAGUAAGUCGAGUGGAGCGCCGCUUAAGAAGGUGGUUGAGAACUUUUACUUUACAGAUGUUAUCUCGAGAAGUUCGCCUACAAUGGCAAGAUGCUCGGCUGCGAAGGAGACUGGCAACCCACAGACUAACUUCAUGGCAUCUGGUUAUUCCAAUGAACACCCGCAUGGCCAGGUUGCUUAUGGUGCGUGA